CCACAGACCUUGUUGUGAGCAGUUUCAUGAAGGAUCUAUUUUCUGUCUGAUGAACUAUACUUGUGAACCGUAUCAUGGUGCAAAAGGAAGCGUGCAUCUGCUGCUUGCUCACCUAGCACCACUGAGCUAGCUAACAUUACAGCUCAGCCGAGGAGGACGCCAUUAAUGUUUACAUCUCGUACUGUCACGGGCCCAACCCUCUCGUCCAUAGGUAGAUGCACUCUUCCUUCUGCACAGCGAUUCGGUUGGCAGGUGUAGUUUGGUAGAAAGAAAAUAGUUCCUACAUGAAACUGCUCAAAAUAAGGUCUGUGGAUUAUCUUGAGUAACUGGGACAUGAUUUCCAGAAAGAGACAUUGCUGUUGAGUUGUUGUUGUUUGUUUUUUUGGCACUUUAAGCAACUCAAGCCGAAUGCCAUCUAGGUCCAUUACAUUCAAGAGAAGGCAGACAUCUCUACGGCCGAUAUCUUUAACUCUCAGCAACUCACACCAAAACAAUUUAGAUUGAUAAAUAGCACAAAAUAUGUAUUUUUGAUUUUGGGGUGAACUGUCCCUUUAAGACUGUUAAGACAAGACAAGCAAUUUAAAGACUUUACCCUGGGCUCUGGGAAAUAACAGGCAUUUUAAGCUAUUUUCUGAUGUCUUACAGAUUAAAAUAAUAACUGAUAGAUCUAGAAAAAAAUUGAUAGAUUAAUCAGAAAUAAAAAUAUAUAUAUAUAUAAUAGUUUAAGCACUUGCUUCUAAAUUGGAGGCCGCAUGCACUUAAGUGUAACAUGAUUUUUACAUGUGUCAUGACAGAAUACAGGAAUUUAUUAUUGACAGAAUAGUUCGGGCUGAGAUAUAUGGAAAAAUUAUGCUGCUUUUCAUACUAUAUAUACCACACUUUGUGUUUAAAAGUGAUGAACCAAUUUGCAUGGUAAUAGAAAGUCUAUCCAAAGCUGGAAUUAGAAAGUAUUCAGAAAUCUGAUUUAGUAAUGUCUUUGUACUUCCAAUUAAGUUUCACAUUUGGGCUUUUUGCUGUAAUUUACAGUGUCUGCUGAGCAUAGACCUUGGCUGAACUUAAUAUGAACCCAAUUUGAAUAAAAACACAGAUACAACUGAACAAACUCAUUUGCAUGGUAGUACGUGACCACAGUUUUCAAACGAUAGCCCAUGGUGGCAUUUUGCAUCCCUGCGGUGCAGCAAGAACCAUUUUCAGCCCUGCUGACAUUUAUUAUGCUGCUCAAUUUGAAUGUGAUGCAGCUGACAUGUGGGCGUUUUAAUUUCCUGUUGCACAGGCUGUAUUUGCUCUCAGGCCACUGACACCCUCUGCACAUCUCCGCUCACAGCUUUAGUGUUGUAGAUUCCAAAAACAUCCAGCUGCCUCAGAGACUGGGUCCUGUUUGUUCUGCAGCCUCAGCAGAACCCCUGUUUAAAUAUCUGCAGUGGUCUCAGCUCUUGGCCCUGCUCUUACCUCAUAUGCCUUUUUGAUACUUAUCAAUGCACUUUUUUUUUUUUUUACUACUUCCUGGGUUUUUAGUGGCUGUCGUGGUAACAGCAAUGACCUCAUCUGUUUAACUCACAGUCACUUACAUUAGGUCUGUAUAAUUUUGUUUGUCGACACUGUUGUCCUUGCAAGAUAUUAAUAUUCUUACAGAGAUUUUUAGUGGACACUGCAGAUUCUCUCUCAGGAUUUCAGAGUUGUGAGCAGCAGCUGCCUCAGCGGUUUUACUGCAGUGUAGUAAAACAAAAGUGUGGCUGUGUUCCUGUCUGUGGGACAAUGCCUUUGUCAGACCUCAGGGCACAGGUGACCAGGGACAUUUUUAAAGGUUGUCAGUAAUGUCGUGCACAUUUGUGUUUGGAGUACCAAAUUGUGCUGCCUGUGCUUUUUUGUAAUGAUUCAUCACUCAGUUAAUGUAUUUUUUGGCAUUGUGGAAGUGUUUUACAAAUGUCACAUGUAUUUAUGUUUAUUCUUUUAUUUAAUUGCUUUUUUAAAAAAACCAAAAUGUUAAUAUUUAUUAAAGGAAGAAGUGGUCAUAACUUGAAUAAAUUACUUAAACCUUUAUCAGCAAAUCUCCAGUUAUAUACCUUUACGUUGCAUAUCAAAUAUAUCUUGGCUCAUGUUCAGUUGUUGUCCAUGCAUCACUGCUGUGCAUCUCAGCAUUUGCAACAUCCAACCCCAGUUUCUGGUCCAUAUGAGCACCUGGAACUUGGCACAUCUCAUCCACCUUUUUCUCCAGUCUGUGAUAUCAGCAUCCACCUCCCUCCAGCUCAAUCAGUCUCCAUAUCAACUCUGUCACUUCACCACUGCAGCGGAUUCAGGAAACUACACUGAGCAUGCUCGCUGCAGAUGCAGCCUGUAGAUGGAGCAAAGUGGAGAGGAGGAGAAAGGGGAGGAGAGAGAACGGCAGAGAGGGAGUCACACAGGAGCUGCACACAGCGCUGGGAUGCUGCUGCAGCUUUGAGAACAAGGGCUGCAUGGGAAGAUUUGUCAUUGGCAGCACAGAUGGAGUGUGGAAGGGGAAUACAAAUGACCUGGAUGUCAGAUUGUCAUCAUCAAAGAGGAACAGAUAUGUGAUAAGGGACUCUCGGACAGCGUAGAGAUGUACGCCUUCUACUCCCUUUUAGUCUACAUCUUCUACACUGUCUUCAAGAAGGAGGAGGAGGAAGCCUUGGAGGGGGCGUGUGGAUCUUCCUCAGACGAGCCAAGACCUGUUUCCAUGGAAACAGGGAGCAGGAGGAGAGAUGGCCACACCUCCAAAAUGGGAAAAAAGGCUUGUGUUCAGCUUGGUGAAUCCAGCAGUAGCAGUGACAGUGAUGAAAUGUCCCCGAGUGAAGAAGGUGAGGAAGAUGGCUCUGACAUCCCAGCAUGCACCCCUCUGGCUGCUUUCCUGUCUUUCAAGCAGGAGGCUGAGAAGAGGAGGGCCUCACAGGUCCAGCUGGAAACAACAGGAAAGUUGACAGAGUCUCCCCUGGUGGCGGUGAUGUCCCACUUGCUGAGUUUUCUGGAGCAGUACUCCCACUUCCAGCAGCUGCAGCAGCAAGCCGACCAGUACCGGGUCCAGCUGAAGAGGCACCGCGUCCAGCACCGCCGCCAGAUGAAGGCCCUGCGAGCGUCCUACCGCCAGCGCCUCAGGGACAAGAACAGCAUCAUCAGCAGCCUGGAGGAGGCCAUCAGCCAGCAACAGACCCCCAGUCCACUGAGCGAGGGUGAGUCCAGCAGUGAUGCAGGGGCACAAGCCGGGAUUCACAAGCUGGUUGAGUCUCUGUACGGUCUGCAGGGCGAGAGGAGUAAGCUGAGGGGAGAGCUCCGUCUGCUACACUCACAGCUGGAGCAGAAGGAAAAGGACAGACACUCGCGUAUACAGGCCUUUCAACAGCAGAUCGAUGAGCUGAAGAGUUGCAUAGAGGAGCGCGAGGAGGAGCUGUCAAGAUUGAGAACAGCCACUGGGGCCACAGACUCAGAGAAGCGGGUUCUGUGUCUGUCAGCAGAGAACGAGAGUCUGAAGCAGAACCUGAGCGUUACACAAGGCCUCCUGCAGCAGCUGUCAGCCAUCCCCUCCCAGUCCAGCACCAUGCUCAUCAAGGAGAAUGAAAACCUCCGCAGCAGAGUGCAGCAGCUGGAGAUGUCCCUACAACAUCGUGCUGAGCAGCUGUCUCAGCUGGAGCGACAGAGCGAACAAAGCGAGUGGAGGAGAGGAGAGGAGCUGAGGAAACGAGAGGACCGGGUGAGGGAGCUGCAGCUGGAGCUGGACAAAGAGAGAGGCAAGGAGCCAGUGGUGAAGUAUGUCACCCAGACGGUGGAGGUGGAAUCACCGGCCACAUUAAAGCAGCUGACCAAAGCCAGGCAGAGGAAUGAACUGCUGUCUGACAAGCUAUCCAAUCAGAAUGAGCGGUGCAAACAACUGGAGGAACACAUCAGGAAGUCCGAUGAACACAGCUGUAAUCUGCAGCACAAGAUUGCAGCGUAUGAGCGAGAAAUCAGUACACUGAGAGAGGAGCUGCUGAAAGAGAUCGGCCACUUGGAGGAGAGGAAGGAGGAGGCUGUGAAGGCUGCAGCUACCUGCUCGGCUGAGCACUUUCAGAGCCUGCAGGACCAAUUCUUCUGCUUGCAGAAGCGUCUGACAGCACUCCCCCCAACUUUACGCUCCAUGAAGACAGACUACGCCAGUCUGAGGAGCCAAGUUCGUAACUUCUCAGACUUUUAUGGUGCAGCUAUCAGUGAUGCAAAAAAACAGAUUUCAGCAGCUAUCACCGAGAUGUCUGAAGCCAACAAAGAUCUCCUGGAGAAAUAUAGGAAGGAGGUCGCACUGCGCAGGAAGUACCACGAGCAGCUGGUGGAGCUUAAAGGCAACAUCCGUGUGCUGUGUCGUGUGAAGCCUGUGCUGAAAGAGGACCAGCGCGAGGAAGGCCAGUCUGUGGUGGUGACAACGGACCCCAACAACGAGUCCUCGCUCAACGUGCUGAACAAAGGAAAGGGUCGCAUCUUUGAACUGGACAAGGUCUUCCACCCUCAGGCCACACAGGAAGAGGUCUUUCAGGAAAUUGAGCCUCUUGUGACGUCCUGCAUUGAUGGCUACCAUGUCUGCAUAUUUGCAUAUGGACAGACUGGCUCUGGAAAAACGUACACCAUGGAGGGCAGUGUGGAAAACCCAGGCAUCAACCAACGAGCCCUGAAACAUCUCUUCAGUGAGAUCGAGGAAAGGAAGGACAUGUGGUCUUACACAGUCACCGUCAGCUCUGUGGAGAUCUACAACGAGGUGCUAAGAGACCUGCUGAGUAAGGAUGGAGAGAAACUGGACAUUAAGAUUAACCCGGACGGAACAGGACAGCUGCAUGUGCCGGGCCUCAGGGUCAUCGAAGUUAAGAGCUUUCAGCACAUCAAGAAGAUUUUAGCUACAGCCCGAAGGAACAGGAUCACCUUUGGCACUCAGAUGAACCAGCACAGCUCCCGCUCCCAUGCUCUGCUCUGCAUCACUGUUCAGGGCACUGACCUCGCCACCGGAUCCAAAACCACCGGCAAGUUGAACCUGGUGGACCUGGCCGGCUCGGAGAGGGUAUGGAAAUCUGGUGCAGAGGGAGAGAGGCUGAAAGAGGCCCAGAAUAUCAACCGCUCCCUGCUGUCACUGGGGGAUGUAAUUCAGGCACUGAGAGCUCGGCAGACUCAUAUCCCUUUCAGGAACUCCCGCCUUACAUACUUAUUACAAGACUCCCUGGGCAAAGGCAGCAAGACUGUCAUGGUGGUGCAGGUGUCUGCGCUGGAGAGUAACGUGGGAGAGACAUUGUGCUCACUGAAGUUUGCCCAGAGGGUGUGCAAGGUAGAGCUGGGUCCUGCAGCCAGGAAGAUUGAAUCUGGAGGUGGACAGUGCGACUGAAUCAGCCACCUCCUGUUCCCAGUGACUACCAGGAAGCCAUGAAUGCACCAGUCAGAUUAUAAACCCACCCUACCAACCAAUCAUAACGCUACAAUAUCAGUAAGAAUCAACAGCAAUCCUGCUCAAGGGCUAAAUCUGUGGAGGUCUGUGUGGCACCUGAAUACCAGCCUUUGACUGGAGGUUAGGUAUUGAGGCCUCCUCUUUGCCAUUUUCUGCUUCUGACAAGUAACAACCCUUUAUUAUGAGCUAUUCUGCAUGCAGGAGUAUUUAUUCUUUCACUCUGAGUGCCAAAACAACCUGUGACUCCACCACAGUCCACCACCAUCUGAUGCUUCCUCAAAUUACAAUAUCUCCUUUUAUCAAAUACCAAAAUCCGGGAUUUAUUGUAUCAGCUUUUCUUGCUGAUCUUUGCAGUAUUUAAAACAGCAUCAUGUUCAAAGCAGUUUCAGAGCCACAUUAUCAACACCUCCAUUUUUGCAGUAUUAAUCAUGUUGCUAUAAAUGUAUGUAGUUUGUGAGCUUCAUCUCCAACGUUGUAUAUUUUUGAAGAUUGUAGUGUGUAGGAGGAUGUUUUGUAGUCGAAGUAUGGGCUAUUAACCAUUUCAAUGGCACUUAACGUCACAUAGUGUAGUUUUUGUGGAUUUCAGAAGAGCAGUGAUUGAAUGCUUUGUUUCUCUUUAGUCUUGAUUAUUUGCCUUUUGAGGACAGAGGAAAGCUGAAGGGAGCAGGUGGCCUUGUAUCAAGAGUGGUAAUAAAAUGAACUGUGCAAUAUCCUCCUCGCUGAGGAGACAGUGUGGGCCUAGGUAGACAGAACAUGCACUUUAUUGUGAACGAAUAGGAGCAUUUCAGUUCAGAACAGGUAUUUAGGUGCUUGCAAUAGAUAUCACCAGUGAAUGUCAUACCAAAAACAGCUUAUUGUUAUCUGUUUGUCAUUGUUCCUCUAUUUAUCACCCAUUGGAUCAACAUGAUUCAAUAGUAGCAAGACAUUAAUGUUGCAGUAACUAUCAUGAAUUUUCAGAUCAUUUUCUGAAUAAAUAUGAUGUAUUUAAAAAGCGUCUUUUUAUCUUUGGAUGCUCAGUGACUAAACAAUUAAAAAAUAAUUACGCCAUAUAAAUGCAAUACUAUCCCUUGAACAUCUCUGGAUUUAUGAGGUCGUUUUGGGCAAUUUGGCAAACUUCUUUAUGGAAAUAUAUUUCCAUUUUAAAUUACUUUAUUUUGAAUUAAGUAUUUUAUGAUUUUUUUAGUAUAAGCUUGACACAGUAAUUUUCCACAAAAUGUGCCAUAUUGCAAUAUAUAUUAAUAUCAAGGUACAGAGUCACAUACACUGAUCAGCCACGACAUUAAAACCACUGACAGGUGGAGUGAAUAACAUUGAUCAUCUUAUUACAAUUCAAUGUUCUGCUGGGAAACUUUGGGUCCUGGCAUUCAUGUGGAAUGCCACUUGGCACGCACCAAACACCGUUACAGACCAAGUACUCGUCAUUAUGGCAACGGCAGUCCCCGAUGGCCAUGGCCCACCAGCAGGACAAUGCAUCAUGCCACACCACAAAAUAUGCUCAGGAGUGGCCCGAGGAAUGUCAUAAAGAGCUCAAGGUGUCAGCCUGGCCUCAAAAUUCUCCAGAUCCUAAUCUUAUCGAGCAUCUGUGGGACGUGCUGGCACCCAACCUUAUCCACUGCCAGACGCUCCAGGACACACCCCAGAGGUCCUGUGUUCAUGUCUCAACAGGUGAGAGCCAAAUCUGAUCCAAGGAGGCCCCACUGUGGAUUGAGGGUACCUCUUGGGUACCAAGCUGUCCCACAGCUUCUCA